AUGUCCGCUCCGGAGCUUCCGCGCGAGAAGUCGUCGGCGUCCCUCGAGAAGGAGGACAUCGCGAGCGUGGAUGUCAAGGACCUGCCCGAGAGUGAGCGCACAUCUCAGCUGGAGCGCGAGGAGUAUCUCGUGGAGGACUAUGCGCACGAUGUCACGGUCAAGGUUCUGUCUGCCCAAGACGACCCGUCUCUACCCUGGUUCACUUUCCGUUCGGUCUUCCUUGGGAUCGGGUUGAGUGCUUUUGGAGCGGUGCUUGCGCAGAUCUACUACUUCAAACCGCAGACAGUCAGCGUCGCCCGGCUGUUUUUGCUACUUGUAUCGUUUUUCCUAGGAGAGGGUAUGGCGUACACGAUGCCGCGUAAAGGGUGGUUCCGCUAUCUCAACCCCGGGCCGUUCAACAUCAAGGAGCACACGGCCAUUUUGAUCAUGGCGAGUACAGCAUCUGUCUCUGCUACGGCAUCUGAGAUCAUCGCGGUGGACGACUUGUACUACAACAACAAGCUCGAGCCAGCUCUGGCCAUCUUCACCAUCUUAGCAUCUCAGCUUCUGGGCUAUGGCUUCGCGGGAAUCCUUCGCGAUAUCCUGGUUUAUCCAACUGCAUCCUGGUGGCCGUCGAUCGUUGUAUCCGCGAACGUGUUCCAAGCUCUUCACUUCGACCGGGCCGUCACAUCCAAGCGCGUCAAGCUCUUCUGGACAGUCUUCACCGUGAUCGCCGUAUGGGAGAUCGUGCCGGAGUACAUGUUCCCCUUGCUCUCAGGUUUCUCCAUCUUCUGUCUAGCGGAUAACGGCAGACAUGACAUCAUGCGCAACCUCUUUGGAGGAGCAUCCAACAACGAAGGGACAGGUCUACUUGCCCUCUGCUUCGACUUCAACUAUAUUGGUGGCGACAAUUUGUGGACACCCUUAGUCACCCAGUUGAACCAGGAUGCUGGUCUUGCACUCACCUACAUCUUCAUGAUGGCUCUUUACUAUGGCAACGUCUGGAAAGCUAAGAGCUUCCCGUUCAUGAGCCAGGACCUGUUCUUCAUCAACGGCACGCAAUACAACCAGGCUGCGAUCUUGACCGACAAUGCUUUCGAUGCCGAGAAGUACGCAGAGGUCGGGGCUGCUUACUUUUCGGCCACCAAUGCAUGGUUCCUACUCGUGUCUAACCUUGCUCUUGGCUCCUGCCUCGUACAUGUCCUGCUGUGGCAUUGGGACCAGAUCAAGUCCGGCUUUACCCUGCGCUACCUUUGGCAACCGUCAGAGAUUGAGGAUGCUCACUACAAUGAGAUGAAGAAGUACAAGCCCGUUCCGCACUGGUGGUUCCUCGUUGUGCUUCUUGGCUCCUUCGCUGCUGCGCAAGCUACGAACUACAAGGGCCAGAGUGACCUUCCGUGGUGGGCGUUGAUUGUGCUGCUCAUCAUGUCCUUCAUCUUCCUCGUCAUCUACGGUUUCCUAGCCUCCAUCACUGGCUUCCAACUGUCGUGGUUUGGAAGCGGUUUCUUCCAGAUGAUUACCGCGUUCAUGGUUCCUGGAAAGCCUGUGGCAAACAUGUACGGCGCAGUAUAUGGUCAGCAUACCAUGAACCAAGGAAUGACAUUGCUGGCGGACAUGAAGCUCGGUCAAUACGUGAAGCUUCCGCCUCGAGCUACCUUCUACUCUCAAGUAGGAGGCGCGGUCGUUGGUGCCAUCCUCAACUACGUCAUGCUAUUGAACAUCAUAGACAGCAAUCGCCCCGCGCUGCUCUCCGUCGCCGGUACUCGUCUAUGGUCUGGCCAGAACCCGCAAUCCUACAACUCCAAUGCCAUAUCUUGGGGUGCCCUGGGUCCUCAAAUGUUCGGCGCUGACGGACUCUACGUGAUGAUCCCCGUAUCGCUUGCCAUCGGCAUCUUCCUUCCCUUCCCCUUCUGGUUCCUCCACAAGAAGUACCCUAAAGCUGGUUUCAACAACGUGAUUACGCCCAUCAUUACCCAAUACAGCGCAUGGUUGACCGUCGGGAUCAACACCUCUAUCCUGUCAUCGGUCCUGCUGGGUGUUGUCUCCCAAUACUGGGUUCGUCGUCGCUUCCCGCGCUGGUUCACCAAGUACAACUACCUGGUGUCUGGUGCUAUCGACGGAGGUACUCAAGUCAUGGUCUUCAUCCUCUCCUUCGCGGUCUUCGGCGCUGCUGGGACCUCCCAUGAUUUCCCCACUUGGUGGGGCAACCCGUCUCUCGACGAUGGAUUCUCGGCAGACCGCUGUAAGGCGCCAGCGUAA